AUGUCGGGAUACGAAAGCGGAGCCUCGUUGCCCUCGCGCUCGCUCAAGAACAGCGACAACUACACGAAGAUGGAGUCGCCUCGAGCUUCUGUGCAGUCGCUCGAGCUGCCGUCGCACCGCGUCGUAGACGUGCCAACCGCCGGCACGCGCUCGUUUUCCUCGGCCGAUCUCUACUCUGUCGACGCCAAGAUGGCGACAAACGCCGCUUCAAGCCACGCUGGUUCCUGCACGCCUUUACCAGGCCAUCGGUCGCGUUUCUUGAGUGACACGGAGCUGCUGCUGGCUGCAAACCCCGUGCCAACGCGCGAGUCGUUUGCGACGCUCAACGAGACGGACGACAAGACGUGGCCCCAGCGCUCGACGGAGCUCAUUGCCAAGAUGCUCAACACGAACUUUGACCGCGGACUGAACGGCAUGGACGUCGAGCGCCGGCUCUUGCGCUAUGGCGAGAAUGCGCUCGAGAAGGAAGCGCGGACGCCGCUUGUUGUGGUCUUUCUCUUGCAGUUUUACAAUGUGAUUAUUGCCAUGCUGUUGUUUGCCGCGCUGGCGUCGUUGGCGUUGCAAGAGUGGGUUGAAGGCAUCGCGAUCCUGGCCAUUGUGACGCUGAACGCGGCCAUUGCGACGUUCCAGGAGCAGUCGGCCAGCAACGCACUGGCUGCACUCGCAAGUCUGUCGAGUCCCCAGUCGCUGGUCAUGCGCGACGGCGUACAGCAAGUGGUUGACAGCCAACAGCUCGUGCCGGGCGAUGUGGUGAUUCUCGUCACGGGGGACGUCGUGCCGGCCGACAUGCGGCUGUUCACGAGCGUGGACUUGAAAUGCAACGAGAUGCUGCUCACGGGCGAGUCGGAAGAUGUACCCAAGAAGUAUAAUGCACCACUCGCAAGUGCCGGGAAACCUGCCAAGCUGACGGCGGGGAAUAUGGUGUUCUCGUCGACAACGAUCACGGCAGGGAAUGCCCGUGGCGUGGUCGUGGAGACGGGCAUGCACACGCGUGUAGGCUCGAUUGCAGCGCUCUUGCAAGCGCAGGGCGAGACCCCGGACGCUGGAGAAAGUCGAAAGUGGAUCCGCAACCCAGUCAGCGACUGCGUUGCCAAGCACCGACCCAAGCUCACGCCAUUGCAAAGAGCAUUGCACCACAUGGGCUUUAUCAUGGGCAUGAUUGCACUGAGCGUGGCGCUGCUUGUGUUUAUUGUCGGUAUGGUCCGCGACACGGAUGACCCUCGCCAUCCCACCCGACCGACAUAUUUGACGAUGAUUAUGACAGCCGUGUCGAUUGCGGUAAGUGCCGUGCCUGAAGGUUUGCCAAUGGUCGUGACGAUUUGCCUGUCGUCUGGCACGGCCGACAUGAUUAAGAAGAACGUGCUCGUACGGAAGCUCGCAGCAGUGGAGACGCUAGGUGCAGCUUCAGUCAUCUGCACAGACAAGACGGGUACUUUGACGGAGGGCAAGAUGACUGCUGUAAAGCUCUGGGGCGAUUUCCGAGAGUACACUAUCACUGGCAAGGGGUUUAGCCCCGAAGGCUCAAUCCUCUCGUCUGAUGGAGUUAACCAAGCUCCACUAGAAGCCGGGAACGUCCAAGUUCGAGCCACUUUGAUGGCCUCCGUGCUCUGCAGUAACACGCAACUCAAGGAAGUUGAAGGCGACGAUGGUGAAACGUCAAGAUGGUUACCGUUCGGCAAUUCGUCAGAGGCGCCACUGGUCGUAGCAGCCGCGAAAGCAGGUAUUUGGGAGGAUGGUCUCUUCGAAGACUACCCGCGCCUCGUCGAAGUGCCAUUUAGCUCCUCGCGCAAGAUGAUGAUCACCGUGAAUGCGGUUCCAGUCUUACACGGCUCUGCAAUGUUUGACACGCUUGCGCUACAUGGUGCCGUGGCGCCGACACUCGUGGCUAGCGUCAAGGGCGCUCCAAAUUACAUUCUGCAAAACUGCACUCAAUACUGCCAAAAAAAUGGCACGUUUCAGCCGCUGAACAUCAUGCAGCGUAAUGAGAUCGCCGCGGCUGUGGAGGAGUUAUCUUCGCAGGCACUUCGCGUGCUCGCGGUGGGCAUCCAGCCUCUGCAAGAACUACCCUUCGCUUCGGAUUGCGAUGAUGUCGACGAAAAGUUUGCUGCUCUGGCCAAGCCACUGGUGUUCUUAGGUCUUGUGGCAUCUAUUGAUCCAGAGCGCGACGGAGUGCGUGAUGCUAUUGCAACUGCACGCGCAGCCUCCAUCCGUACCGUAAUGAUCACGGGAGAUUAUCUAGCCACAGCAGUCGCAAUUGCCAAGAACAUUGACCUCUUGCACAUCGGGUCAGAUCUCGAAGCUCAAGCAACGGACUGCACUAAUCUUCGUAGUAAGGGGAACGUGUAUCUACCACCAGCCGAUAUCGACGAAAUCACUUCGCGUACGCUGGUGUUCGCUCGUGCCAAGCCUGAAGACAAGAUUGAGAUCGUCAAGUCACUCCAACGUCGAGGCCUCAUUGUUGCAAUGACGGGCGAUGGUGUCAACGAUGCACCAGCGCUUAAGGAAGCAGAUAUUGGUGUGGCCAUGGGCAUAUCGGGCACCGAGGUCGCAAAGGGUGCUUCCGACAUGAUCCUGAGCGAUGAUAAUUUCUGCAGCAUCGUGGCGGCAGUCGAGAAGGGUCGAGUGAUUUAUGCCAACAUCCAGAAGUUCGUCAUGUUCUUGCUGUCCACGAACAUUGGCGAGAUCGUGCUCAUGUUUUUAUCGGUUGCAGGAGGGUUUCCGCUUCCGCUGGAAGCUUUACACAUAUUGCUUCUCAAUCUGUUCACUGAUGGAAUGCCUGCCAUAGCACUGAGCUUGGAGAAGGGCGAUCCGCACAUCAUGAACGACAAGCCUCGUCACAAGAGUUCUCCAUUGAUCGUCGGGCGUCUGUGGCUGCUUGUGUUGUUUAACGCCUUCCUCCUUUUGGUCGGUGCCCUGACCACCUUUUUGUUGGGGCUGUACUGGAACUUCGGUUUGCUGCUAACGGACGACAUCUACAACGCUGGCGGCGGCCCCCAUGGCAUAGACUACACGGACGUGACUUGCCUUCGCUGGGAAGGCAUGAAUGACGGAUGGCGGACAUACGGCAAGUGCGCUGCACAGGAUACGAACGGGAGGUACAUCUUUGGUGAAGAAGUGGCAUCCAUGUCUUCGUUUGUAAACGCGACAGUGUACUGUGAAGGAGGAAGCGACUACGACUGCCUUUCGGAGGGUUUAGGUCGCACGCAAACGAUGGUGUUCUUGGGUUUGGCCUUCACCGAGGUACUUCGGGCCUACACAGUGCGUCACUUUACGGACCCGGUGUUCACGCGGAUGCUGUCGAACGGAUACAUGCAGCUUGCAGCGUGCAUGUCGCUGGUACUAACUAUCCUCGUAUCCAACGUCCCUGUCAUUAUGGAUGACAUCUUUGGCUUUGAGUACAUUACUUGGUUCCAGUGGCUUGUGGUUAUCGCUGUCGCGUUCAACAGCGCGUUCUGGGGCGAGAUGCUCAAAACAAUCCUGAGACGACAGGACCGCGCACAAGCUCGCUGGGACCGCAUGAAGGCUGGAUUUGAAGAGAUUUUGCUCGAGAUUCGGCAUGUGCGUCUUCACGUCGAACGACUUGAAGCCGGCAGCGGCAGUCUGAAGCUCGAGUAA